GUCCACUGGAACAGUGCUAAGUUCGACGAGGCCUGUUGUGCAGUGGGGUACAAUUUGAUUUGCGGCACUCGGCAAACACCACCGCUGCCCUAUCAAGAGGAAAAAUUCCCCCUCCCCAUAUCGAAACGAAGUUUCUGAUGCUGGAUUUCCGUACACAAAUCAGAUUUGUCCUGCAGUAGAGGACUGCGGGCAUAUGUCAAGCCUCGGUCGAGAGGUUUUGACGUAGGCGCCUAGCAUGGCAAACGUGUAUGCUCUAAGCCCAACAGCAUCACAAACCGCCUGCAAAAUGCAGGGGGCUCUCUGGACUUGCCUUCUUGCAAGACAGACAAGAUUUGAGGUCACAAAUGUGCAUCACAAAUUUUCAGACGGAUGCGUUUUCAAUAUGGGGAGGGGGAAUUUUUCUUUACGAUAUGCCCCCGCCCCGGCGGAUCCAUCCCAAGUUCGAGCGCGAUCGAUUGUUUUUUACCCGCACCUAUCAAAUGUAAAAAUGUCUGGGUCUGGAAAGAUGCAACUUGUGAUGCUGCAUUUGGAUUCCAGAAAAAUCUGUAUUGCAGGAGUACCAAAAGGAAUGUAAUUUUUGCUACGCGGAGAGAGCAUUUGUCAUGGGGAAUAGGCAUCAAUAAGCUUUCAAAAAAUCUGUGAUGCUAGGGCAUGCAUCACAGACAUCAGGGCUCAUGCAAAACAUGCAUGACAAGUGUCAAGAUCUUCCAGACCCAGACAUUUUUACAGUUGAUAGCACCGAGGAUGUCACGGACCCCACCCGGAUUGCCGCGCAACCCUUUCGUAUCCACGACUACCCGGCCAUGAAGUGGUGGCACCAGGUGGAGGGCCACCCCCUGGAGCUGCGCGUGGACCUGGACUGGGAGGACCACGGGUACGGAAAAAGGGCUGCGGGGAUUCUUAUCAAGUUGUUCUGCUCUCCCUUUGCGACGCUGAUGGCCGAGCGAUGGAUCAAGCAGGUUCCGCGCAAACGAAAAACGGAGACGCUGCUCUUCUAUCGCGACGUGGACGACAUCGUUGCGUUCGCCUAUUCCGUACGCAUUGCAAAAUAAAAUGUCUGCUGGAAGGUCUGGAAGUAGCUUGUAUAUGCUAUGUAUAGAAGUGUCGACGCCCGCGACAUGAAAAUGAAAUGAUACGUCGCCAAGCAUGAAAAUUUUCGUCGAGGUUCUGGCCCUAGUAGAUCAAUGUCCUGCAGCAUUCGAAGCUGCUUGCGGCGGCAGUGCAAAUAAGAGUUCUUCGUUCAGAUAAUGCGUAAAAGCUGGCACGACGAGAGUCGCCAUCGUGAAGGGUGCGCCUGAUAUCACCUGACUAUGUGGCACUUCUGAUGCUGAUCAGCUUUGUGCAUCACAGGUUUACUUAUUUGGUGUUAUUCAAAAUCGAAAUGCGAAUGCGCCAUGCAGCGAGACUCUUUCAGUUUCACCAACCUGACGAUAUCUCCCUACUCUCCCAACCAGACCAGCCAGACGUGAUAUUUGCAUUCGAUAUCCCUACUCCAACGACAAUAUCAAAUGUAAAAAUGUCUGGGUCUGGAAGAUUGCGAGAUUUGUCAUGCAUAUUUCGGAUCACGCAAAUGGCGUCUGAUGCAGGCAAAAGCAUCACAGGUUUUGAGCACGCCUCAUGAUGCCUCUCCCGCAUGAGAAACUUCUUACUUGCGUGCCAAGAAAUGGACAGCCUUUGGCGCUCAUGCAACACAAAUUUUUGUGUGUUCCAGAGUUUGCAUCACAAGUUCCAACCCUUCCAGACCCAGACACUUGUACAUUUGAUAGACAAGGAGAUGCGCACGUGCUGGUACGAGUUUUACGCCAAAGUCGGAGACAAACCGGGGCAGAUAUUAAAGUGAAAAAUGCCCCCCACCCCUGAACUUGCAAAAAUUUGUGAUGCGAAGUUUCCAAAUGAAAACUUUUUGCCAUGCAUGAAAGGAGUAUGGAUCUUUCUGAUGCAGAGUCUAGGCGAGGCGUGUAUCGCAUCGCUUGCAUGACAAGCGCCGCUCUUGCUGGGGUCUCUUGCAAUACAAAUUUCCGCUAUUCACGAUUGGAAACCUGUGAUGCUGAUAGAUGCAAGAGGGCGAAUGUUUCAUUUGGAAAGGUUUGCAAUACAAAUGCUCCCAAGUUCGUGGGUGGGGGCAUUUUUCAUUGUAAUAGCAGAAGUUGUUGCUUCAUCAUUUCUGGGUGACUGUCCGGUACUAUCCUACGCAACACCUGAUCACCCCCCUGGUCAUUUGUCAUGGACCAAAAAAAAGUAGCUAGCACAGGUCCGCCAAGAGGUAGCUCUCGCUCUGUAGGCGUCAUGUUCAUUUUGGACGAUGGCAAAGAAAUCAAACUGAAACUCGCGUACAAUUGAUGACGUUUUGCUGAGCGCGGGUGGCCGAAAAUAUACGCUGCCGGCCCAUUUUUCACCACCCCCUGCCAGGCGGCUAAAAAGGGAACUCCCGGAUUCGCGCUGAAGGGAGCGAACAGGAGCAAGAUCAUCGGGAUAGGAUCCUGGUUCCGGCUGAAUUUGUUACCCUGCUCGGUGUUAAGUUUCACCUAUGUCGUGACAGCAUGAUGACGAAUGAUCAAUAUGAAUUCAUGUGCAAGCAGAGCGUGCAGACACUUGUCUCUCUCAUGCGAAGAACGCUGCGUGAGCGUGUCGUCUUUUACUGCUGCUCAGAUCAACAUGAUACAUACCAUACAAAGAAAAGGGUGGGGGCAGGUGUUGCGCAGGAUAAGCACGAACCAUCCGACCCGCGGACGCUAGCGACGUUGAGAAAGCGGGCCACGAAUAAAGAGCCGGCGCAUUUGGAAUUGUAAAGACCGCAGCGAGAAGGAGAAAAAGAAACUACACUGGCAGCAUGUGCGACGCGGCUAUCGUUAACAAGCAACAAAUUUGCGUUCCGUACUACUCACGACCAUACUUCUGAUUGAUAGAUUUGUUCGUCAAUGUGGUGUCUACAAAAAUGGAAGUGCAAUGUUGAUACAACGUCCCUAUCUGGAAAUAGCGCUAAAUGGCGCUGACUGUGGACUCACUUCGGUGUCCAAGGCACUUGCUCCGCUUCUUUUGUACAAACGAAAAAGGUAGCUGAUAAAGAAG